ACAAAACAAGCCUGCCUAAAGGUUUACAUCCUGCAACCGACAUUCCUGAAAAGUAUGUUGUAAUAGUGAAAUUUCAUCUAUGGUGUGUCCUUAGUGUUGGAUGUUUCCUGCUGGGCGUCACAUUGGCAACCGAAACUAAUAAGCAUCAGCCACAGCGACACAUCCUUGCGCAUCCGCAAUUAUUGCGGAACAAGCGUGGAUUGCUGUCCGCUUUGUUCGGUGCGGGCGAGGAGCAGACCACGAAGCAACCGGCGGAAGUACUACCCGUCUACGGUGAUCCGGCACAACCUCCGCUCCAUAUGCUGUAUGGCCACUCGACGGGAUUGCAGCAGGGACCAUAUCCACCGUAUCCGGUGAUGUUCCUACCGGGAUCGCCAGUUGCCGGUGAACAAGGCCCAUACCUUCCGAUGUUGGCGUACGGUGGUGUUGGUGGUGAUAACAACCAUCUACCGACGGUUAUCGGUUGGCCCGAACCAACACCAUUUGCACCACUUGCACCUGAUGCAACGGAAGUAACGAUUGGUUCCAGCGGACAAUCGACCACUCCCAAGACGAUGGCAACAAGUUCAACACCAUCGGGCGAUCAGAGUGCGGCCAAGUCAGCUUAUUUACUGAAACUAAACUUAUCACCAGCGGAGGAACGUGAAUUGAAGCGUUUGGCAAAAUUGCUCGGUGUUACCGAUUUUGAGCAUCUGCCACCGUUCGAAGAUGUCAAGGCAUUGUUGGGCACCACGACAUCCGGCGAAACAAUCAAAGCGAUCAAAGAGUACGCCUCGACCCCGGAUGGGUUGGAGCUCAUCAAAGAUUAUGUGAUGAGUUAUCAGCCAGCCAAGCGCAUCAGCCUCGGCAAGGAACCGUACGUCGGCAAUGAGAUCGCAUCGGGUGAGUCCGAUUCUUCGGCCACGACGGAAACGGCACCGUCGUCCCUCGGUAGUGGAUUUUUCGCUCAUCUGCGUCGGUUGAAAUCUUUGCUUACGUUCGGAUACUUUGAUGCAAACGAUGAUACAACGCCGGCACCAUCGACACUGGACGUCUCAACACCUGAAGUGGCCAGUGAGGCACCGUUCACACCGAACGAGUUCCCUGGAUUCGAGAUUCGUGAUGUACGUGGAUCUUCUCCCUCACUCCCGGUAGCUCAUUAUCUUAUACCGGUGCGAACACUGCCACGCCAUUCUUCACCCGCCGAGUUUAAGUAUGCAUCGGCCUUACCGUUCCCGUACGCCGUCCACUAUCCUUCGCUUGUGCCCCAACUUCAGGAUCUUCCAAAUCCUUUCACCAUACGGAAGGAGCCAGAAAGUUUUCAACUGGUUUCCGAUUUCUCACCAAGGAUUGUAAGCGACACUUCCAUCUCCAACGAACUUCCUCCAUCGGAUGGGAUUCCGCUUCCGAAGCGUAUCGCACCUCCAACGUCUGUUACCGGUGAGGUGCAUUCCUUCGAACGGGCGGACAUUGAACAGCCGGUACGCACCACAACACCUGCAGAGCAACAGCAUGAAUUGACCGUGAGCACUGUUACUAGCACCUUGGUAGACCACAAUGUAGCACCGAUCCUAACCGACGUUGCUGAACUCGCGGACGACACAACCGAUUUCGUGCUGAACGUACUGGAUACUGAGCAGACCACGUAGUAACUGCCGGGGGGUCAUACACUGGCUACAAGUUUAUUACUUGUUCACAAAGAAUUUAAACAAGCAGUUGUUAGUUGCUACAUGAGCUUAAAGUCUGCCAGUUGUUUGAAGCGUGUGUUUUAUUUUCUUUUUAAGAAUCGAUUGCUAAACCACUGUACGGUUAAACGGUUAAAAGGAGUUAAUCGUUAAGAACAUAUAAUAAAAGAUAAUGUUUAAAUAAAUGAACUAUAAUUAGCUUUUUUUUUUAGAUAUGUACGAAUGCGGGUUCAAAUCGAAAAGAAACUUAUAAAAAUUAUGUCAAAAAUAGAAAAAUAAUUUACCAGGUAACUUUCUUGAACAUCCAUUUAUACCCGAAAUUGUCCAAUUUUGUAUGCAACAUGGCUAAUUACUUCAAGACGUCUUUCGGUUGAAUUACCAAACUUUUAGCUUUUUGCAUAGAAAAAUAUUUCCGAACACUUUUGUUUUGUAUGACGGUCGAGAGAUUAAUAAUUCUCACGUAUUCUUUGCUGAUUUUCUCGUUGCUAUUACUGGGAAAUGCAAAUGAUCGGAUUCGGAGAGCUCACUUUAGGGAAUCCCACCAGCUAAUAUGAAAUACGCGACCAUUCAUAUGGAAACACCGAAUACUUUAACGAAUCCAAAGUUGUUAUGGAAUCGCGUACCAUUGAUAUGGAAUGUCAAAUGAAAUUGAAGAGUUGAUGUAAAAAAUAAUAUUUUUAACGAAAUUUUAAACAAAGUUUUUCUUCCAAAUAGGAACUACAAAUUAUUAUUAACAAUAAUAAAUAACAAAUAGCCUAGUUUUCAUCAAAUUGGAACUGAAAGUUUUAAAAACUAAUAGUGUAACGAAAAAAGGAUCACACGAACACAACAA